AUGUAUUUCUCAAUAAUAAUAUCCUUGCAAAUAAAACCAAAUGCAGCAGUCGAAUGUAAGAAGCCAUCAGACGUUGAUGAAGAAACACUGAUCUCAUACGACAAUGCUAUAUCUGUUGAUACACCAACUUCUAAGACGGAUCAUUUCAUUCCCACACAAGUUUCUACAACGGCUGACAAAGAAACAGUUCCCUCCAAUGAAAUUGCGGAAGAACUUCGCAAUUCACCGAGUGCCCCAAUAUCGAACCUGAUCGAAAGUAAUACCGAAGUGAUGUCUGUUAAAGUUGAAAAUAUUGUGGCAACAUCCUCGAACAGGACUGAAGAAAUGAAGAAUAAGCCUGUGAAGGUCCAGACGUGUGAUGUGAAAAAAAAUGGAGUCAAAUCAGAUGUUAAUGAACCUGUAAACGUAUGGGCGAAGAAAUCAUGGACGAGUCUCUUCAAGAAAGAGGAACCCACGACAAAUGGAGAGUUAGUGACUGAACGCAGUGAUGAGAAAUUUAAAUCGUUGGACACUGUUGAAAAAAGCAGAACUAUUGAUCCAGCCACUCACAGACUAGCAGAAUUUCUAUCGAACUUCGAAAUUGAUGGAAAAAGUGCUAAUCUACAACCAAGAGGCUUAAUCAAUAGUAGCAAUUAUUGCUACAUCAAUUCGAUUUUACAAGCCUUGCUGGCCUGCCCACCUUUAUGCAAUCUGCUGAUAGGACUUUCGAAGAAUUUGACGGAGAAUGGACACGGCCUACCACCCAUCAUAAAGAACAUGUGCAAAUUCAUCAAUAAAUUCGAGAAGCUGCCCGAUUCCUACCUAAACCAAGCGACUCGUUUCUUGUCGAGGGACGUCAAGAGGACGCUGAGGAAUUUUUGGGUCCUACUGCUGAACGGACUGAAGGACGAAAUGAUGAAUAUAAUCGAAUCCUGCAAAACUGAGAACAAAAUAGAAAUGAAUCACGACUCCGAAGACUGGAAACAAAUGGGACCAAAGAACAAGCGUAACAUCACGAGAAAGGUUCAAUUCGACAAAACUCCAAUCAGCGACAUAUUCGGCGGACUCUUGUGCUCAAAGAUCCACAAAACGGGAGAUGAAUCCACAGAAAACAUACAGCCGUUCCUGACUCUUCAGCUGAACAUCAGGACGGCCAAAACCAUCACGGAAGCCCUGGAACAGCUGACGAUAAAGAAUCAACUUGAAGGAAUAACUUCGGCCAAGACGAAUCAAAAGGUGGAAGCGUGGCAGCAGGUGCUGAUCGAGAAACUGCCGGCUGUUCUUGUCCUCCAUCUGCAAUGUUUCCGUUACAAUGGGAACGGUUGCACGAAGAUUAUGAAGAAGGUGGAGUUCCCCAUCGACCUCCAGGUUGAUUCCAAGAUCCUGUCGGGAAAACCUAGCAGUUCUUCAGAGAAACAGUACAAGCUUUUCGCUGUCGUUUACCAUGAAGGUAAAGAGGCCAGCAAGGGACACUAUGUGGCGGACGCGUUCCAUUCUGGACAUCAUACUUGGUUGAGGUUUGACGAUGCAAAAGUGAGGUCAGUGUCAGUGGAAAGUGUUUUGAAACCGCAUGGAGACAGAGUUCCUUAUCUUUUAUUUUAUAAAAGAGGUGAUAUAGUUUAA